GCGGCCGUCUUACAGCGAAGACGACCACUGCUCGGGGCACGCAACGCGUCUUCCUAUGCAAGCGCGUUCCUCGACUCCAUCAAAGAUGUGGGGCAUCCAGCCAGACACCUCACGUACCCAAGAGCAACGCCAUUCUACGAACAACUCAAACCCAUCCCGUCCGUCCGGUAUACGAAGUCUUUCCUCUUCCUCACCGCCCUGGCUGUCUCCCUCGCGAUGGACGUCACUUGGAAGUACUGGCCGCAGAAACAGAUCACCAUUACCAAAGAAGACGGGACAACUGAAGAAGCUUACGCGCCUCGACCUAUUAGCCACCGUCUUCUCAUGCUCACUAUGCAUCUCGGCAUCGGCGCGUCCGUGGCUGCUUACCUUGUGAACAAACGACAAAUGCACGUACAUAAGGUCUGGUUGCUACCCAGGACCGUUCGGAAAAAGCAGGGAAAGACGCUCUCGAACGUCCCACAAGAAAUCAAGCCAACGAUGGACGUGGUGGUGAAAACGUAUUCGUGGCAUUCUCCUAGAUCCACCUUUGCAUAUAGUCCCUCCGUCGCGGGGUUCACGUCCUCUGGCGAAGACGUUACCCUUCGUGUUGCUUUGGAGCCCGGCAAACCAGCAAACACCUUUAUCCUGAAGACGAAGGGGGUUCUUGUAGAUGGGAAGGCUGUACCCAGGAUAUUAGCGAAGGAUUCGAUUUUGAGUUCGUUCCAUUCAAAGAUCGUUUAGCUCUCACGACUUGGUACAGUACAGUGAGUUCUGGUAUGUCCACUUCCUAUAAACCCACGUUUCUGCGGCUCAGAAAGGGCGUCAUCAUGGAUCAGAAGACCAUCGCAGGCGGGUGGGAGGGUUCCAGCUAUACUCUUGAGUUUCCUGACGUGCGAUACCAGCAUGAACCUACAAGUACAGCAUAUACAACGUCACAUGUCGCAGGACCAUAACUUCUAUUGCUUGCUGAGUAGCUGCACACAAGGUCGAUAAGCGA